AUGGCCGUGUGCCCAAACUACAACACACCAGCUACAGCUGUGGCCAAUGACUCGGUGGCGGCGUCAUCCGUUGCUCCCUGGACCGAAGCGCAGACGUCCGCAGACGAGCGCGCUGUGGCGCAGCUGAAGGAGGAUAUCGCGCUGCUAAAGUUCAUCGCCUAUGGUGUCAUCUCAUUCGUGAUAAUUGCGCUGGGCAUCAUCGGCAACUUGAUCAACCUGGUGGUGCUGACACGGCCCAACCUGAAGGGCGUCACCUUCGUCUACCUCACAUGGCUGGCCACGUCCGACCUGCUGACGCUCGUGGUGGCCGUGUUCUCCAUGCUGCGCCUGCACGGCAUCCAGCCGCGCUCCUACCCGGCCGCCUUCUACUAUGCGCACGUCGAGAUGCCACUCGUCAACGCGCUCAUGGCCAGCAGUGUGUUCAUCGUGCUGGCCGUCACCAUGGAUCGGUACUGGUCCGUGUGCCGGCCAACGCGCUACCGCGAGUUCCACAACGCGCGGCGUGCCAAGCUCGCCAUCUUGAGCGCCUUCGCAGGUGCCGCGCUGCUCUACAUACCCGUCGCUUUCCAGAAGAUGCCGGUGCCCUUCUGGGACGAGCAACUGAACAAGACCCAGUACAUGCCAUGCGACAACGUGGCUGUUACACAAAAAUGGGCUUUCAAGGCGUACUUGAUCUUCAAAGAAGUGUUGGUGCGCCUCGGGCCCGUGAUCGUUGUCUCAACGCUCAAUACCACAAUCAUCAUCACGUUCCGUAAGGUGAUGCGUAAACGGCAUCUGCUCACGAAUAGCGCCACUCGCGAUUCAGGAAAGUACCUCGAGGAGAAACGGCUCGUCAUGCUGCUAGCAGCUAUCGUUAUCAUGUUCUGCGUCUGCAUGACCCCCGCCGCUAUUCUCACCAUGCUUAUCAGCGACGACAAAGAGCUCAAUUAUGGAUUUCAGCUCUUCAGGGCAUUCGCCAACGACAUGGAGAUGGCUAAUUUUGCCAUGAACUUUUAUGUCUACUGUUUGUGCAGCACCGAGAUUCGAGAGACUUUCUUCCGUCUAUUCCGUCUCUCGACACCGCCUUCGACGAACGUCAGUUACGUCAUCAGCAGCAAAACAGCCGUGGACGGCAGCACGCGGCUGUAAAUGUGGCGAACCACGUCUGCGAGCGUGACCGAGAAAGAGAUGUGAUUUUGCGUCUGCCACGUCAGUCGCAUUGAGCAGGACGGGAUCUCUCUGCUACUGGGAACGACUGUGAUUAAUUCCUAUUUCGGCUCCUCCAGGUCGCUUUAUAACGAUUUUACUUCACCGAAACUGUUCUCUUUAAAUGUUGUUUAACCCUUUACUGUGCUUCCCGCUUAUAACUGGUCGCGCACGCGCUUGGAAUCAAAUUUCCGACACAAGUCGUUUCUACAAAGCGAAAACACUUGUUGAGCUGUAAGACUUGUGGGCAUACGUUAUCUGAAGUGCAGCGAGAACUCACGUGCGAGAAUUUCACCUGCAACUAGGUCGUUUCAUCACGAAGCAAGUUCGUUUUUGACACAGAGAAAGAGACCCAGAAACACCAGCAGCAUCUACAAUGCUUAUUACGUUCGGCGUUGUCGACAACUUUAUGGAGUUUUCGUGGGUUAAAGAAGCAAGAAAUGCUUUAUUAAGCGAGAGCAGUGAAACCUAUUCAUGUGCGGCUGUCUAGGUCACGCAUAAAUACUUUUACUGCUUUCGGGUCGGUAUAGGGGAUACAACACAUUAGAAAACUGGGUUUUCUACUUGCGAAUCAGCCCAGCACAUGCGCCAGCUGAGAAAAAUUGUAAUUUUGUACAUUUUACCAUGUACAAGGCACAUCAAGAUUGCGGCUGAUGUGCUCAAAUGACUUCUUUAUUCGUAGAAAUGAUAACGCAGAAACGUUUCCGUGGUUGGUUCAAAAUUAUUAUAGUGUUUCUAUAUUAGUGUUUCUAUAGUGUUUCUAUAUUACAGCACCAUUUGACGGCACUUUCAUUAUCAACGCCUUCCGGCUGGCAACCUUAUCAUGAUCUUGCAAAAUGAAUCAUCUCCGAAAGCCAGAUACCCCAUAUACAUGGAGCCUGACGUUAUGUAGAAAUUCUAUGGAAUGUCUUGUAGAAGUUUUAGGGCCCGUAUUAGUAUUUCAAACGUGGUACAGUUCCAUCAAAUAAUUUUUCAGUUGCUUGCCUAAAGGCGUAAGCCUUUGUGUGGAUGCGUUUAACUACUUGUAGUUAACAUUAUUAUCAGCAGGUACUUUAUGAUUACUGCUGAGUAACCGAACGUUUCACCCAGACUUUGAUGUCUUUCAGGAUUGUGGAAACGCCCUACGUAAUACUCAUUCUCAUAAUAAAAAAAAAAAUUCUUACUAACCACACAAGAAACUUGAAGUACGAGCAAGAACAGAGCACUGUUCACGUCGGAAUAAGUUCACAAUGCUGAGCGCAAAAAAAAAAAAAAAGAUGAAGACAAGGAAGAAAGUAGCGAUCGCGCUUCCCUACGUUUCCUUGCAUAUGUUUAUAGAUUUCACGGUGUAUAUCGCUCGAGACGAUGAGUAGUUGGAAAUUUGGAUUUUUUUAUUUGUUAAAUUGCUCAAAAUACUAGAAAUUCUGGUCAGGAGGAAAACUAAGCUAGGCAGCUUCUACAUCUUGCCUGUUAUGUUAAAGGGCGAUUCGCUGAAGGACGCAGGUGUAACUAACCUGAACACAUUAACGCAAAGCAAAGCCAAUCAUUUAAACACAUAAUUUAAACACAUACCUUUUAAUCAAAAACGCACGCAGACAUCCGUCACCGGCGCUGUUUCUGGGCUUUUCUUCGUGGUUGCGCGUUCCCGUUGCAUUAAUUAUGUCCUGAAGCAAGUAUCAACCAUGAAAAUAGCGCACCCUCCAGUAUUUAUUUAUCACUUCAAAAGUCUUUAAUUAACAGGUUACCGGACCAAGAGUUUUGCUCGCUUACAAUGGCUGUCAACAAGACUGGGCACUGUAAUGCAGCGAGCAGCGGGUCAGCUUCCAACGGGCUGUCCACCCUCAUCCGCGUCCGUAGCACGUGCCUCACGGCACGCACUAAGCACCCGCACUGACGAACACCGCAAAAAAAAAAAAGAGAGAUUAGUAACCCGUACAUGGAUACCACGCCUACUACCAUCGCUCAAAGCACUGCGACGACCGUUCGGAGGCCUGCGCUGUCUUUCAAAUAUCAUCGAGCGAAAUCACAGCGGUAGUAUUUAGUAGCCACCUAACGCGGUGAAUCAGUCAAGUUAUGCUGCUGAGUUCAGGGCCGCAAAGGCCAUACCCAGCUUGCACCUGGGAAUAUUUAUUCGCGCCUUAAGUCCUAUUUCGUGAACUUUUUUUUUAAAUAUCAUUGCCAUUUUGUUGUCCCCUCAACUGCUGCAGCCGCCACGGCUGCAACAGGUUAGGUGGCAGAGCAAGAAAAGUUCGAUAUGAAAGAUCUAAAUCCCGAACAAGUAGUCGCAGGUGAAGUAACUAACCCAGCACUCUCCAGUAUGGCGUUUCUCAUUAUCUAGCCGUGGGUUUGGUUCCAACACCCCACUCACGAGCGCGACUCUCGUGUGACAGGUAUCGGAUGCAUUUGGGUAGUAAUACUGGGGUUAUAAAGAUGCACAGGUGUAGAAUGGGAGUUUUCAUCACUCCUGUAGACCUCAAGUAAUCCACGAAUGACAAAGACUCAGCGCAUGACCAAUCAAAAGGAACUGUUCUGCUUACACGCUGAAUGGGGUGGUAAAUUUUCACACAGAUACAGUACGCAAAGUGAUGACCAUCACCUCGCUUAUUUUUGGCGUCUGCGAUUAAACCACCUACGUAGCCUUUUGCAGCUACACGUGUAAAUUUUGCUCUAUAUGCGGCAUUUUCCUUUUGUAGUUGUUGUCGCAUGGCAAGAAAUCAUUGUCCUUGUUGUUCGUGAGGGAUGCGAACAUGUCAGAACGGGCCACCCAAACGCAGGCUAUCGACGAACAUCAAGAAAAAUCAGCAGCGGCUAGAAAAAAAAACAUGAAGAAACAAUACAAAUGCAGGAACGAAGAAAAGAAGGCGGAAAGCAUAAACAACACUUAAGUCAAGCGUAACCUGCCAUUGGAGAUGAUACGUCGGCACCAUACUUCAGGCACAAUGAGAGGGCGCGAAGCACGUUCCACACAUGGGCGGCCAUUCUCGCAUCAGUAGCAUGCCGGAACGGUGAAACAGGAGGGCGAAGAGUUGGUUGAAAAGCCUAAUAGUUUACACAGAGGUUCCCAAGCUGUCCGAACGCAAUUUAUUAAAAACCUCCAACACACGUAGAAAAGUGAAGGCGCUGAAUAUAGUAUAUAGACGCUGAUUGGCAAUAUCGACCGCCAAGGCGUAAAGUCAAGUUCACCGUAGUAUGGAGUGUCUCUUCCGUUUCCUUGUUUACACGACCAAUCGCUGCCUGUACUCGACCUCUGUCUGUGCCCGGCCAACGAGAGACAACUCUCCAAGCCUGCUUAAUACGAAAGCUGUCGCGCGUCAACAUACUUUCCAUGGGAGUCGCCAAUGGACGAAGCACUGCCGCAUGGACGCAGCCUGUCACAAGUCGGUGAGGACCAUGUGGACAUACCAUCUUUCACGGGCGGCUGGUGCGUGAAAAAAAAAAGAAAGUUCAGCCGACCGUGCGAAAACCAGAUCUGAUAUUGUCCCGUGUGCCAUGCAUGCGAGACAAGAUGUGCAACAGUGCGAGUGUGCGGGGGGCGCCGGGGACCACCUUGCUAUUUAUUCCUGUCUGUUGUACGUGCUCCCGUAAAAUUCUACUUAAAAGGUUCCUUUGUUUGUGUGCGUGGUGACAAAAAUGUGACAGUGUUCACUUUCCGCUCACAAAUUUACACCAGAAGCGGCAGUGCGCAGUCAGCUGAAACAAUCGUGUGUGAUUUAGCAGCUGCGCCGCAAGAAAAAAAAAACAA